AUGGGGGUCUGGGCUGUCCUCCUCAUUUACCUCUCCCAGGUUGAUUUGGGACGAGUACAGGCACAAGAGCAAGGAGGCGCUUUGAUGAGCUGGACGCUGUGGCGGUCAGAAGAGCAGCUGUCUGGAGCCCGCAACAGAGACCCACGCAGCGCAGACUCGAGAUCGCUGUCGGUCAAUAGCACCAAACUACUGGAGGGCACACAGAAGUACUACAGAUGGGAGGGUUAUGGGCCUGCGGACAGACGGACAGAGGAAUUGUGGGUAAAUUUGAGUGCGAGCCAAGUGAGAAUCCAUGGCAUCCUGUCCAACGCACAUCGCCAGGCAGCGAGAGUAGCACUUUCCUUUGAUUUCCCCUUUUAUGGACACAGCAUCAGACAAGUUAUUAUAGCAACGGGAGGUUUUAUCUUCAUGGGAGAGGUCAUUCAUCAGAUGCUGACUGCGACACAAUAUGUGGCUCCUCUGAUGGCGAAUUUUGACCCCAGUUUUUCAUCAAACUCCACAGUGAGAUACUCGGACAAUGGGAACCUGUUUGUGGUACAAUGGGAUAAAGUCAGACUAAAAGACAGAGAAAGCGAAGGCGCGUUCACGUUCCAGACUGUUCUCCACAGAAACGGGACGAUUGUUUUUAACUACAGAAAGAUCCCUAUUCUAGUGGAGAAGAUGAAUUCCACGGACCAUCCAGUGAAAGUGGGGCUGUCUGACGCUUUCCUGGCCACAGGUAUAACGCAGAACACAAUCUACGAGUAUCACCGCGUGGAGAUAGAAACGGCAAACAUCGUGAAUGGAUCUGCUGUUGAGAUUGUGCCGUUGCCGACCUGUUCUCAGCACACGACCUGUGACCUCUGCAUGACGUCGAAUGCGACAACGGGCUGCGGCUGGUGCAACACUGUUCAAAGAUGCUCAGAUGGAAUUGACAGGCAUAGACAAGAGUGGAUAGAAUUUAACUGUCCAGAAGAGUCCAAAGGCAGAUGUGAAGAUUAUAACCCAGUAUCUGAAGAAACCACCGCCUCUCACCUGGAGUCCUCUCCCACAGCUCCAACGACCAAAGCAGCCCGGCUUCAAGACCAUCCAUCCACUACAGAUGAAGAUGAUGCUCCAGGUAACAGUGGAAUAUCAGAGAACACGGCCAUCAUCGCGGGAGUGGUGGCUGCUUUGGUCGUGGUCGUGGCUUUGACUCUGCUGGCUGUCUACUACAUUAACACACACCCCACAGUGGCUCCGCCCUUCUACCUCAUGCAGCGACGCACAAACAACUACUGGCCCUCGAUGAAGUUCCGAAACCAGGGCUGCCAGUCCAGUUACGCUGAGGUUGAACUUGGAAGUCACGAGAAGGAAGGAUUCAUCGAAGCCGAACCAUGUUUUUAA